AUGAACCGCGCCGAACGGGAGGGAUAUGUAGAGGCUGAGCGCCGAGAAGCUGAGUCUCAUGCCAUGUCCCGAGAGGAUUCUCGCGAUGCUGCUCCUGUCGACAUCGCUUACGAUUCUGAAUAUGAGUCGGGUGCCGAACGGCAUGACAAGGAUUACUGGUAUCACGAUGUCGCAGCUGGCACGAUCACCCGAUUUCAUGUGGUCGAACGCCGAGCGCGCUUCAACCCUACCUCCGUCAAAGAUUGUCCCGUUGACCCUGCAACAUUGACCGAUGUCAGGAUGACUAUGGCCAUGACUGACGGUACCGAGUUCACAUUGCAGGACUCAUGGAGAUCAUCCGACGCUCGGUCUCUGCCGUGUCGAUGGACGGGAAAGACGGUCUUCGUUAUCGGUUCUUCCGCCAAACCGCAGAUUAAAGUUCGAACCCGUAUGCCGAACGCCGAUGACACGGGGCGCCGCGUGCAGACUGCGAAUGGCUAUUAUGGACACGCAUUGCGUGCAAAGGGCCGUACUAUCGUACCUGCCAAAUCUCGCGCCUGUGUCGUUACGGAUCUUGAGUUUGAGCCCCCGGGUGGUAUGUCUGCCCGUCUUCAGCCGCUUCGCGGCAGUGGCCUCGAUGUUUGCCCGGCCAUGUACACAUACAAUGAAGGGGCAACUCAGUCCGGUGUUGACGUCCUUAAUCCUACCGACUACGAUAUUAUAGUCGAGCCCGGACAAGACGUUGCUGUGGUUCAGUUUUACACUUCCGUUCUGGCAGCGGUUGAACUCGACUUCACCGCAGAAGACGUGGCAUGUGAUGUUUCUGCACCGGUUGAACCAUCCGAAGACGGAAAGAACAAGCAGCCACCGAAGAAGGCUGCUGCCAAGACACCGGCUGCCCGAUCACCCCAGCCGAAGUCUCCCUCGCUACGCAGGGAAGGCCUUCCGAGCGGUGCGGUCGCACCGACUACGGAAAGGCCUCCUGUUCCGCCGAUUCCCACGGAGCAGGAUGAUUCCAACAUGGGUACCGAUGAAGCCCCUGUCCCGAUUCAGACCCCGAGAGAUGAGUCCACAGGGGGUGGAAAGCGCUCCGAGGACAUUCCGAUAGGAUUGAGGAUGAAGAUGAUGAUGCUGAAGAUUGGGAUUCAAGAGAUCCCACAGGCCUCAAUCUGGCAACGCCUCGAGCAGCUGACAUGCAACUCUGGGUACGAUCUCAAGCUGCACCAGCUGGUUGACUCCUUCCUUCUCACUACUCAUCCGCUUGCGGAUAAGCAGAGGAAGCAGUACCCCCAAGAGUUUAUGGAUUUCAUCGACCGAUACAGGGUGAUGUGCGCUCUUGCAUUUUCCCGAGUGGCGACGUUGUCUGGUGACGCCGCGGGGGUCCGCGAGAAAAUGGACCUUACGAUGGCGCUGGCUCGCCACUGUAUGCUUUUCCAAGCGCAAAGCUUUAAGGGAUCCCGAGAUAUGCUGAGCAACGAUACGCUCCAGCUCAUGGGAACCUGCUACAUCCCGUCGCCUCUUGCGAGCUGGAACCGAAAUCUCAUGGGAUAUAGCAGUUCGUCUGCUGAACAGCGAUGGUUGAGGACCGAUACGAGUAUCAAACACAACGACCUCACCAAGCUGUCGCCCAUGGAGUUGUCAAGGGAGGCGGUCAGCCAGGCUGAAGCUGUGAAGUUCUUCAAGGGAUUUCUGCAGCUCAGGCCGACGCUGUCGUUCAUCCCUGGAGCGUUUCUGGCGCUCAAGGCUCUUAACCGAUUUCCCACGCUGGACUCUUUGAAAGAGCAAGCAACUCACCUCGAUAACGAUCGCAAGGAACACGGCUACGAUCUUCCUGCCGUGGACGCGAACGGGAUCGGGGAAGCAGCCGCCUUUCGCAACGAAGACGACGAUGAGAAUACCCCGUUGAUGCGCGGGUGGGUCUCGUUCAUGAAAGCGAUGGUUGAGGCCUACCCCGGCCGGUGCGUUAGCAUCGAUGAUACGCUCAACUGGGGAGCCAGCACCCCUAUGACCUAUGAGGACGGUGCGGGGCAGACUACCAUCCGCCCGACUGAUGGAUGGGUGUAUGUCCCCGCGAUGAAUUCGGACAUAUACGAUCCUCAGGAAACGUUCCUUCACGGAACGAACCUCCGAUACCUCUGGUCGAUUCUUGCACACGGAGGUCUGUUCGGGGAGGAUUACGUGACGGACGAUCAUGGAAGUCACGAACCCUGUGUCUGGGUGACUGGACACGCUUCCGAGGCUGCCAGUAGCUACGCGUCUGGCACAUACCUCGGAGGAGGAUACUGGUUUCAAGUGAUGAUCUGCGUCUCCCGGACUGUGGUGAACACCCACGGUCGCACGACGAAGAAGCUGGGAGGAUCCCAGAAACAGAUCCGCGUCGGAACUCGAUUCCUCGAGCUGUGCGGGAUCGCGUUCAGGCCCUUCCGCCUUCUGGAUGACCGCGAGCAAGGGGUUUCUACCUCUCCACAAUACGUCAUCCAUGGUCACCGAUUCCUUAGUGCCGACGGGACAAAAGCUGUGGCCUGGCACCCAUGGAUGGAAGCGAGCCCGAUUGAUCCUCGCAUUCUGAAGCUGCUGGGAGAAAGCGUCGCUCGCGACAGUGUUGAGUUUGCCGACCUCACGAUUCAAUGGGGCAACACUACUCAACAGGUUGCUUCCACCGAGACGGAACAAUCUAGAGCGACCGCGGCUGACGAUCAGGCUGCGGAGGGUGGAAAUGAGGAGACGGAUCGAGUCACAGUCCACCCAGCAGUGCUUCGCCGCAACCACUGGAUGCCUGACUCUCACGGGACCAGUGAACACGCCACUGUCGGUGGCAGGUAUGCCUUGCUAUCCGAACUUCAAUCCUCCAGCUACUGA